AUGUCACGGAGGGCCACCCAGCAGGGUAUUGGACCAAGGCAUUUCAAUUUGACAGCCGGGCAUUAUGCGAAUACGACGGCGUUGAACCAUAGGCUGCAGGACAUGAUCUUCAUUUCGCCGGAAAUCUUCGAGACAUUGUGUGUUCCUAUCCUUGCACUUUCUGCAGGUGCGAUUUUGCAGCAGAAUCCGCGGUCGCAAUCCGCAGGUUUGCUGGUUUCCUUCUUCGGUGCCCAGACAGCCAUGAACCUCUUCAUGAAGCAGGCGCCCCGCCAUGGCGCAGAGAGCUCGGAGCUGGUUUUUGGCGGAUCUUUUGCACGAAGCCCCAAACGAAGCCUUGCAGCGCCGAGCUCACGGCGUGGCACGAGAGCUCUGGAAACCUGCAGCACGUCGCCAGGGCAGGGCAAAGGGUUCAGACGCUCGAGCGCGAGAUGA